AUGUCGUCAACAAUUAUUCAGCAUGCGGGGAGCUCGCUCGAGGAACAGCCGCUUCUGCAACGGGGCAAGAGAAGACUUCCGUCCUUGAACAUCCAGCAUUGGCAUUCUCAUCCUUUCAGAGGUGAUGAAUGGAGUGUGAGGAGUACGAAGCAAAAGACUGCGCAAUUUCUUUCGUCGAAAGCCGGACAUUACUCUGUUCUGAUGCUGGUGUCGCUCGAUGUUCUUAGCAUGAUCGCUGACUUCAUUCUCAACCUGUUCAAGUGUGAGCAAGGCAAGAAGGGCUCAGACUGGGACUUGGCGUUAGAGAUUCUCGGCUCUAUAAGCCUGGUAUUCUCAUGCCUAUUCGUUGUCGAACUCAUUGCCUCUGUCUGGGCAUUCGGCUGGAGGUUAGUCCUGUCCCUAUCUCACCCAGACCUCAUGGCUGACUUGUCCAGAUACUUCAACUCUUGGUUUCAUUGCUUCGACGCCUUCAUCGUCAUCGCAGGCUUCAUCACAGAUGUCGCACUCCGCGGUAUCAUCGAGGAGGUCGCUUCUCUGAUUGUCGUCAUGCGGCUUUGGCGAGUAGUCAAGAUUAUUGAAGAACUUGGCGUUGGGGCUCAAGAGCAAACAGAAGAGCUGAAUGUCAAGCUCGAGAAGGUUGAGAGUGAGAAUGAAGAUCUUAGAUGCGAGAUUUCACGGCUGAAAGGAGCGAUGAAGAAGGCGGGUCUGGAUCAGCAGGUAUUGUGA